AGCACCGCCGACACACAUCAGUCUCAGUGUGUCUGACGCACCUUCACGGCGACACUACUAUAAUAAUAAUAAUAAUAAUUAUUAUAGACAUUAGAACAGCACCUUCACCAUGUCCUCCAACAUCGCCACUUAUCUCCUGUCUGCUCUGCUGGUUUUACACCUGGUGGAGGGCAAACCGGUGUCCAGCCUGCAGAGUCUGAAGCAGCUGCUGGAGGAGGAGAGCCGCGCGCCGUACCCGGGCUCCGAGGAGAAGCUCGCGCAGGUGAAGGAGCUCGAGUCGGAGGACGCGGACUUGGGCGCGCGAGGCGCGGCCCCUUGGGAGCCGAGCGCCGGAAACUCGGCUCUUGCGGAGAAGGACAGCGGGCUGCUGGCGCGGCUCCUCGGGGACCUGCUGUCCACGUCCAAGAGGUCCUGGAGCAGGUUCAAGAAGGGCGGUCUGCGGAGCUGCUUCGGAGUGCGACUCGAGAGAAUCGGCUCCUUCAGCGGACUCGGCUGCUAGAGCACAGGUGCGGCAGAACUUGGUGAAAAUACCCCGUUUUACAUCCCCUCCACUUGAGCCUUCAGACAUAUAGUGACACGCCUUCAAUCCAGAAAGAAAGAGAUUUUAUUAUUGAUUUAUUAAAGGUUGCCUUUGGUUUUCUCAUGUUUAUUUAAUUGUUAGAUGUGCGUGUGUAUAUAUUUAUUUUCAAAUGGAUAUUGGGCUAA